AUGUACAUCCCCAACUUCCAGAACCUCGUCGCUGCCGGUCUUGCUCUCACCGGCAUGGGUGCCUUGAAGCCCAACAAGAUCGCCCACGGCUCAGUCACCGACUACGCCGUCGAGAAGUGUCUCGACCUGGACGGCACCAAGCGUUGCACCACCCCCUUCAAGGUCUCCAAGUCGACCUGCUACACGAUCAAGUGGUCCACCGACGGCGCCAUCUCGCACACCACCGCCGAGGUCAGGGACGCGGGCAGCAACGAGAUUGUGUACUACCGUGACACGGACGGGGACUGGACUGCGGAGAAGGGCGAGCUCGUCUACGUUGACUUCAAGCCCAAGGUCCCCGGCCAGGGCAACCACACUGUCGACUAUGAUAUCCGGACUUGCGAGUAG